AUGCUCCCUUUAAGGCACAACCUUGAGACCACGCUUAAAGGCCCACAAAUAUUUAGCCACGACGACAACUUCGAUUGGCCGCCGGCGACGAACGAGGCGCGCGUGCGUCUCGGCGACGCCGCGUUCGAUCGUCUGCGCGUCGAGACGCGUUUGGCGGCGUCGCACGCGCAACCGCUCGCCGCCGCCGAUCCCGUCGUGACGCCGAUCUACCACUCGAGCACCUAUCGCUUCAAAUCGAUCGCCCAAUUCAACGACGACAAUCACGGCGCGAAUUUCGUGUAUCGCCGAUGCGGCAAUCCGACGAGCGAGACCGUCGAGGUGAUGCUCAACGAGCUCGAGGGCGGCGCCGGCGCGCUCUCCUACAAUUCGGGUCUCGCCGCGGUCAGCGCCGUCCUCCUCGAGUUUCUCGCCGCCGGCUCGCACUUGCUCGUGAUGUAUCCGAUCUACAGCGGCACCUAUUCAUUCAUCACCGAAACGUUGAAGCGUUUCGGCGUCGACGUGACGUUCGUCAACGCCGACACCGAGCGCGACUUCGCCGCCGCCGUCGAGAGUAGUUUGAAGCCGACGACGAAACUCAUUUAUAUCGAGACGGUCGCGAAUCCGUCGAUGGCGGUGCCCGACAUCCUUGGGACGAUUCGAAUCGCCAACAAGCAUAAGAUUCGCGUGUGCGUCGACGCCACCUUCUCGAGUCCGUUCAACAUCCAACCGAUCAAACUUGGCGCCGACAUUUCGCUUCAUAGCUGCUCCAAGUACAUCGGCGGCCACACCGACGUGAUCGCCGGCGUUGUGACGCUGAAGUGCUACGACGAUUGGAAGCGCCUCAAAUUGCAGCAAUUGACGACGGGCAGCGCGAUGAGCCCGUUCGACGCGGCGCUCGUCACGCGCGGCCUGAAAACGCUGGCGAUUCGAAUGGAGCGGAUUUCGGCGAACGCGUUGCGCGUCGCGCGAUUCCUCGAGUCGCACGACAAAGUCGCCGGCGUCUUCUAUCCGGGCCUCGAGUCGCAUCCGCAGCACGAGCACGCGAAAGCGGUGAUGACGCGCUUCGCGGGAAUGAUCGCGUUCGACGUCGGCACCAAACAGAACGCCAUUCAAUUUGUCGAGAACCUUCGAAUUGUGAUCCACGCGGUCUCGUUGGGCGGCACCGAGAGCCUCAUCGAGCAUCCGCUAUCGAUGUCGCACGGCGAGGAGCUGCUGCGCGAUUGCAACGCUCCGCCGGUCGCGCCGGGCCUUCUUCGAUUCAGCGUCGGCAUCGAGCACGUCGACGACAUCAUCGACGAUUUGAGGCAGGCGCUGGAGAAACUUUGA